GUUAAAGCGGCACUAUCGAGAGCUGCUAGCUAACAACAACAAACCACGGACUGCUAUCGUUUAAUUGAACUCAACAAAAGGGGGCGGUCUGCUUCCAUUUGGCACGUCCUAAUACAGAUGGACAUCAGGACUGAACACUGACGAGUGGAAGCUACACGUUCCUUCUCACCCUCUUACCCCAAAACACCUCCUGUCACACUGGCAAUGUCAAGAGUCCCGAGUCCCCCUCCCCCGGCGGAAAUGUCCAGCGGGCCUGUGGCGGAGAGCUGGUGCUACACACAGAUUAAAGUAGUGAAGUUCUCUUACAUGUGGACCAUCAACAACUUCAGCUUCUGUCGCGAGGAGAUGGGGGAGGUCAUCAAAAGUUCCACCUUCUCCUCAGGAGCCAACGACAAACUGAAAUGGUGUUUGCGGGUGAAUCCCAAAGGGCUGGAUGAGGAGAGCAAAGAUUAUCUUUCCCUCUACCUGCUGCUGGUUAGCUGUCCGAAGGCAGAGGUGCGAGCAAAGUUCAAGUUUUCCAUUCUCAACGCCAAGGGGGAGGAGACCAAAGCCAUGGAAAGCCAGAGGGCGUAUCGCUUCGUCCAGGGAAAAGACUGGGGUUUUAAGAAAUUCAUCCGGAGAGAUUUCCUCCUCGAUGAAGCAAAUGGUCUUCUACCUGAUGACAAGCUCACACUCUUCUGUGAGGUCAGCGUGGUGCAGGACUCGGUCAACAUAUCUGGUCAGAACACUAUGAACAUGGUGAAGGUGCCCGACUGUCGACUAGCAGACGAGCUGGGGGGGCUGUGGGAAAACUCGCGCUUCACUGACUGCUCCUUGUGCGUGGCCGGCCAGGAGUUUCAGGCCCAUAAAGCCAUCCUGGCAGCACGGUCUCCUGUAUUCAGCGCCAUGUUUGAACAUGAGAUGGAGGAGAGCAAAAAGAACCGUGUGGAGAUCAAUGAUGUGGAGCCUGAAGUGUUCAAGGAGAUGAUGUGCUUUAUUUACACAGACAGGGCUCCCAACCUGGACAAGAUGGCCGACGAUCUGCUCGCAGCAGCUGAUAAGUACGCUUUAGAGAGACUGAAGGUUAUGUGUGAAGACGCCCUGUGCACAAGUCUGUCGGUGGAGAACGCUGCAGAGAUUCUCAUCCUGGCUGAUCUGCACAGCGCCGACCAGCUCAAAACGCAGGCCGUCGACUUCAUCAACUACCAUGCUGCAGAGGUGAUGGAGACAACGGGCUGGAAGUCCAUGGUGGCGUCUCAUCCGCACCUGGUGGCUGAAGCUUACCGUUCUCUGGCUUCAGCCCAGUGCCCUUUCCUCGGACCUCCCCGCAAGCGCCUCAAACAGUCCUAACAGCAUCACGCCAUGGCAUCCACACACAUUGUCACGCUCAUACACACACACCCGGGCCUACUAUAGCCGUUCCCCUUGCUGUUACUACUACACUACCUAGAGCCUUCCUCAAACGUUCCCCUUCAGCCCGAUCCACAACCUGCUGUAUCUAGUUUCCUAAGUAUAAAGAGAAAAGACAGAGAAAAUGAAAUCGAUGUUUGUUGUUUACACACAAAAAAAAGACUGCCCCUUUUUGCAUUCUCUUGUUUUCUGACGGCUCUGGCUUUGUGGACUCUGACGUCGUCUUCUCCGUGUAUCCUCGGGACACCCUGAUGGGGAACUGGACUCACAAAUCCAGCUAAAGCCAACUGGAAAGUUGGAGGUAUACGUGCUGUGGCCGAUAAAGUUUUUAACUGUUCCAUCAUAAAGCGUCCUACUGUUGGUGAUGGAGCAAUCUGAGAAGCAGCCAACCCUAAAGACGAGGAUCUGUGAUUGACUGAGCUGAAGACGGUCUACAGUUUCAAACUAGAUGACCCCUAGAAAGACAACCAAGGGCUAGCCAAAAAGCAAAACUGGGAGGGAAAAAAAUCAGAACAAUUUUCUCAAUAAAAACAAAAAAGAAACUUGGGAACACGUUGCACUAAAGUCACAGAUUAGCCCUUGCCAGUCCUGACCAGCAGAAAUGCUGUAGGCAAGCACACAACGAAGCAAACUUCAUGGACUGGAGACCCAGCUGGACCACCACCAACAAAAUACCCUUUAAGAUUAUUUAUCUGUAAGUCACACGAACUCUUGUGUAGAACAGUCCCAAGGUUCUUCUGCAUCCAUGUUUGUUUUUAAACGGCAAGAAGAGGAAGAGAAAACGGCAACGCACCACUGGAUGGCGUUCUUGGGGAAAUGUUGUUUUGUUCGUCUGUGGGAGGAAAACGAACGUUCAAAGUGUUUAAACAAGCAAAUCCACCAAGAGACAACACAAAGGAGAGGAAAUGCCAAGAAAUGGUUUCAAACCUUACGUUUCAAUCCGGCAUGUUGAUGUUCUGUUGUGACAGAUUUAGUGUUUUAUGUUUUAUUUCUCCCCACUCAUCCCCCUCAGAUUUGUUCUAUUUUUUCAUAGGAAUUUGUACAGACACUAGUGUUUUUGAAGCAAAAGCAUUUUAAACAGUGAAACUGAAAAAAAGCGGAGUUUUUUUUUCUUUGCAGGCGUAAAAAGUAAAGGGAAAAGAAACUACAAUGAACACGUUUUAAUGUUCAGAAUUGUGGAUAAAUAAAAACAAGCCACACAAAAAAGACCUGAAGUUAUCAUUUCAACAUGGUGGAAAAUGGUCAUCGAAAGAAGGAACCAUUGUUUCUAUCCUGUAGAUGUUUCUGAUUUUGAGAAGUGACACUUAGUUGUUGCCAUUUUUUGUUUCCAGAAAAAUAAACCACAACUAUUUUGUAUUGAA